UACUCCUCGUCGUUUAUUAAUAAGCUACACCCUGGUUGAUGAACAAGUAAAGUCCACAAGGCAGCCCCACCUGAGAACUGAAAUUCAGAUCAACUGCACCCACAUCAUGGUGAAUGUAACGGUCGUCGCUCUCCUUAUCGCUAUCGCUGCAUCGGCCACUCCUGCGGCGUCAUAUACCAAUCACACCGUCGGCGGCGACGCCGGGUGGUUCUUCAACACCACCACCAACACUUCCAUCAUCGACUACUCCAAAUGGGCCGCUAAUCAGACAUUCAGUCUCGGUGAUUUCCUAAUUUUCAAAACGAAUACCAAUCAGACGGUGGUCCAGACCUACAACGAGACGACGUACCAAAGUUGCAACACCGACGACGCGUCCGACGACGACACCUUCCACUACGACGCCGGAAGUAACGAGUUCGGUGAAGCGUGGACAAUCGCCGUGGCAUUGACCAUCGAAGGUCCGAACUAUUACUUAUCCGACGCCGACGACGGUGUGCAGUGUCAGAACGGCUUGUCCUUCGCGAUAGACGUGAAGCACGGGCAAGGCUUACCUCCAAGCCUGAACCAGCCUCCGCCGCCCCCGUACAUGGAGCCUCCGUCGGCGGAUUCGCCUCCCUCGCCGACGGUGGCAGUCGCUGGACGCCAGCCCUCUGGCAACGGUGAUUCAAGGAAUGCUGCUAACAUGCGCGCGGUGUUGGGUGUCCUCCUCUUGCUUUUGGUGUAAGGAGGAGGGUAUAAUCGUAUUUUUGGACGGUUCGGAGGUUAGCCUGCGAACGUUUAGUACACGUGUCGGGUAGAGGGUUGUAACGUGUUUGGUUCUCAGGUCUGAUUGGUUCCGGGGUGGGUUGAGCAUAUUCCUGUUUUGUUCUUUAUUCUGUCUUGGUUCUACUCAUUAAAAUUUAAAACCCAUUUUAUAACAUUCAAUUCAGAUAUACGACUUCAUUUAGAACA